AGUCCGGCCGCGGGAGAUGCUCGGCGUGCCAGCCCCCGGGGGAGCUGCGCAUUUCCGCGCGCCGGGACAGCGCCGGCUCCGGGCGGCCCUCGCGGCGGUGGCCCGCGUUCCGCGUCCCCGGGAAGUUGUCUCCGGAGCCCGCGGCGCCUCGGUCUCCUCCCCCUGAGCCCCGCCCCGAGCCGGGAGCCGCGAGCUGCCCGGCCCGGGGGCGUCGCCGCGCGCUCUCCCCAGCCAGAGAGUCCUCGCUUCCCUCCGCGGAGCGCGCGUCCGCCGCCGGGCCGGGGACCCCCCUGCGCACCCCCGAGACGGCGCGCGCCCAGAGCGCGGGAGCCCGGAGCGCCAGGCGCCUGGGACCCCGCGGAGCCGCCGCCCACCCCGCGGGGCUCGGGAGCGAUGCGCGCUGCGCUCUGAGCCCGGGCGCCAAGGCCAUGUCCGGCGCCCGCUGCCGGACCCUCUACCCCUUCUCCGGGGAGCGGCACGGCCAGGGGCUGCGCUUCGCCGCGGGCGAGCUGAUCACGCUGCUGCAGGUCCCGGACGGCGGCUGGUGGGAAGGCGAGAAGGACGACGGGCUCCGCGGCUGGUUCCCGGCGAGCUACGUGCAGUUGCUGGAGAAGCCUGGGAUGGCCCCCCCUCCGCCGGGAGAGGAGAGCCAGGCCGUCAUCCUUCCACCUGGCUGGCAGAGCUACCUGUCUCCCCAGGGCCGACGAUACUACGUCAACACGUCCACCAAUGAGACCACCUGGGAGCGUCCCAGCAGUUCUCCUGGGAUUCCAGCCAGUCCCGGCCCUCAGAGGAGCUCGCUGCCUCCAACAGUGAAUGGAUACCACGCGUCAGGGACCCCGGCACACCCUCCAGAGAUUGCCCACAUGAGUGUCCGAAAAUCCACCGGUGACUCCCAGAAUCUGGGAUCCUUGUCACCGGGCAAAAAACAGAGCAAGGAAACCACCAUCACGAUAAACUGUGUGACAUUCCCGCACCCAGACACGAUGCCGGAGCAGCAGCUGCUGAAACCCACCGAGUGGAGCUACUGCGACUACUUCUGGGCAGAUAAGAAGGACCCCCAGGGCAAUGGCACGGUGGCCGGGUUUGAGCUGCUGCUUCAGAAACAACUGAAAGGCAAACAGAUGCAGAAGGAGAUGUCAGAGUUCAUCCGGGAAAGGAUAAAGAUUGAGGAAGAAUAUGCAAAAAACUUAGCUAAGCUCUCUCAGAACUCCUUGGCGGCACAGGAGGAAGGCUCCCUUGGGGAAGCCUGGGCCCAGGUGAAGAAGAGCCUGUCAGACGAGGCGGAAGUGCACCUCAAGUUCUCCGCCAAGCUUCACAGUGAGGUGGAGAAGCCCCUAAUGAACUUCCGAGAGAACUUCAAGAAAGACAUGAAGAAGUGUGACCACCACAUCGCUGACCUCCGCAAGCAGCUGGCCAGCCGCUACGCCUCGGUGGAGAAGGCCCGGAAAGCCCUCACCGAGAGGCAGAGGGACCUGGAGAUGAAGACCCAGCAGCUGGAGAUCAAGCUCAGCAACAAGACAGAAGAGGACAUCAAGAAGGCCCGGAGGAAGUCCACGCAGGCUGGAGAUGACCUGAUGCGUUGUGUAGACCUCUACAACCAGGCCCAGUCCAAGUGGUUUGAAGAGAUGGUGACAACCACACUGGAGCUGGAGCGGCUGGAGGUGGAGAGGGUAGAGAUGAUCCGGCAGCAUCUGUGCCAGUACACACAGCUGCGGCACGAGACAGAUAUGUUCAACCAAAGCACAGUUGAGCCUGUGGACCAACUGCUUCGAAAAGUGGACCCAGCCAAAGACAGGGAGCUGUGGGUCAGAGAGCACAAAACCGGCAACAUUCGCCCCGUGGACAUGGAGAUCUAGAUGGGCAUGUGUGGCCCCGGGGGGUGGGAGGGGGGGACUCCCACCGUGGGGCCAACUGCUUAGUGGAGCUGCCCUCCCACCCCGUGACCUGGUCCACGCUGAGAAGAGGCGAGAGUGUGGGCUGCAGCUGGUUGUUCCAGAAGGGCCACCUGGACAGCCCAGCUGUGAGCUCCCCAGAAUUCCCAGGCCAAGAAGACAGAUUCACAGCCCUGCCACUGUCUCCGAGGCUGAAGCCCCAACUCAUGUGCUGUGCUCACCACUCUGAGAACAAACUGAGGCUGGAACUUUCUGAUCUCUGUUGAGCUCAGUAGGUGUUUCCUCCUCACCCCUUGAGGAGCACACCUUCGGCCACCUGUUCAGGUUCUUGUGCCCCUGGAAGCCCCAAGGUCCAUUCUCCAGCUUUAGAGUAUCAAGGGGUAGGUCUCUGUCUCCAAGCCCAGUGUCAACAUCCGGAGAGUGGACGGAAGGUACCAGUCAAGAGACCCCCCCCCCACACCUGGAAGUCUUUGCAGCCCACCCUCUUUAAUAUUUCUCUUGCAUUCUGGGGGCCCAUGUCCUGGCUUUCCAUCCCCUGGGGUCUUGGGAAGAGGGCCUGGCUCCUGUCUUCACAGACUGACCCUCCCUGGAGAGAUCAAGAUGGAACUACCUCAUUCGGCAAAGUAGCCCCAAGUCGGAGCAUUGAGUUGCGUUUCCUAUUAUAUCAGGCGUCCCUUGUGAAGUCUCCCUGGAAACCCUAAACCACACAUCCCUCAGCUGCUGCCCCAGGGAAGCUUCCAGACCCUUUACUCCCCCUCUCUCCCAGUUUCAUUAGAGGAAGCUUUCCAGAGUUCUCCGGUAUCAAGAGCUUGUCCAGCUAAGGCUCUGGUGUUGGAAGUGAAUCAGCUCAUCUCAGUGGCCAGGAGAACAGGGAGGGCCACUGUGGUCCAUCUUCCAUCGCGUCCUCAGAGCCCUUUGCUGCCCUCAGCCCCUGCUCUCCUUGGUUAGUGGGACUCCAUCUGUCCUGUGUGGGAAACAGGUCAGGGCAAGCCUUUGUCCUCUCCCCAGAUGGCUGGGCCUGCUUGGGCAUGCCCCGGUGGGGACUAUGGUGUCUUAUAAGGUUUUCUCCCCACAGGGGCUGGGGGAUGGGGGGGGGACUUAGGUGUCUGAAGAGGGCAGGACCCACAAGCACUGCAAAUUCUCUGGUGGCCUUGGCAGGCAGGAUCUCGCCACCUUGGCCUCUGCUUCUUCUGCACGUCCCAGAGCCUGCCCCGGGCCCUCCCCUCAUGCCGGCCCUGCCUCUCCUCUUUCUCCAUGUUCUGAUUCCUGGAAAGCUUGGUCCCAGUGUGACUUCACCAGCUUUCAGCCUUGCCAAUGGCUCCUUGAUCAUCAUUUUCUCCCUUUCUCUAUCACAGCAAAUGUGUUCUCCAGUGUAUUAGUCCUGAGAAUCAGCCCAAAGGGUCCUGGGAAUAGUGAAGUGACCUGAAGGAGGUCACACAGUCAAGAGGCAGGUGUAAGCUGGAACCAAACUUCCAAGAAUCCACUUUUUAAAAUUAAUCUCUCCUAUUUGUUACUGUGGAUUUAUAGGACCUGUACUUCUCCCAUGAGGGUAGAUUCCUAAGAGAACAAACUCAAUGGUCUAUCAGUAUGUGCUAAUGACUUGUUUAUUACUAAUCUGGACUCUUUGGACUCCUCUUCCACUGAGUCAGAAUUUCUCUCUGACUCAAUGCAAUGCAUAAGAAAGAUGCCUAAUAGACAAAAGUAACCCAAAAUUCAUCACUUUCCUCCUCUUGUUGAAACAUCCUAACCCAAAAAGGCUGAUGUAAAGAUAAUGUUGGAUCUUUCCAUGGGAUGGAGAACCAGACCUUGUGCCGUGACACCAGCUACUGUUUUCAGGAAAUUAUUUCUUGGUUUCCUCAUUAAAAAUGGGUGCUCAUAGUAAUUGCUUUGUGGCUUAGUAAACUAAUUUGUGGAUGAUUUUCAAGUAGCAGAGCCAAUAGCCCUGUCGUGAGCCCAGAUAUUUUGAGUGUGAGGUGGCUUCUUGACUUUGUCUUCUUUUUUCCCAUCUGGGGAUUCCAGAGACCUCUGCCCAUUCCUGGGGCAGAGUGAGCCUUCUUGUGUCUCCCAGGAUAACCAAAGUUGGGCUGGCAUGGCUCCUCUCCAUUUUCUGUAGUUGUCCUUCCCCCCUUACCCCCCUCACCUUGAGCCUCUUCUUUUUUCCUGUCUUUAUUAAUUCAUCAGACAUUUAUUAGGGCCAAGCAUCAUACUGAGAUAUGGGGAUAAGAUACAGUUUCGUCCUCAGGGAAGCCCAUGGUCUCUUGUUGUGGGAAGACUUCUUUUCCCCAGGGGUCUUACUCUCUGUAGAAUUCAUAUGUUUCAGAGGUACUUUCCCUUGUGCUGAUUGAUCUGUCCAUCUGUCCAUCCAUUCAGUCACACAUUCAUUCAGCAAAUACUCAAGAUGAGCCAGGCAUUGUGCUAUUGUAAAUAGAGCUACAUACAAGAUGGAGUCGCCCCUGUUCUAUUUUCCAUGUGGAGAGGAGGGUGUUUAGAUCUUUCUGGAGAAUCGGAUCAUUGCACCCCUUCCACAUUUAACCUUUAGUUAUAAACUAUGGCCAUGAGGUACUGAUUGACCUUGUGGAUGGAAAGCAGACAGCAACACGUUCAACCUGACCCUCACAGUCCAUAUCCAAUCCCAAUUUCUGAAAUUUUGUUUUGUUGUGUUUUAAAUAACUUUACAUGGGAAGAAUGACAUCCAAGCAAUGCCACUGAGUGCUGCGAAAUGACACAGUGAACUGGGCUCCUCCUCUGGGUGAAAUCAAGAUUAGCAUGAAGUCUAGAAAAUCUAAAAAUGCCCUUGAGAGUAGCAAACGCACUCAACUCUCUGGGACGUGGCAGUGCUGGUUUUUGGUUUUGUUCUUAGGUUGUACAAGGAUCUUGCUGGGGUUUAUUCACAGAGUGGGUGAUAGUUGAGAACAUCCGUUGCUCCCAUUUCUGGGAGCAGGUAGCCCCUUCUAUCUGCUCCCACCAGAGAGAUACAACUCAAGACUAAUGGUGUUCAAAGUGAGUUCAUUGCCAUGACAACAUCCAAGAAAACCCACAUGUGACCUUGUGUAACAAGGGCUUUUGAUCAGUAUUGCAAGUUUUAGGCCAGUGGGAAUAGCGUGGUCAGCUGCCCGGAGGUUCUGCAGAUGAGAUGACUUGGGGCCUCCUUCCCAUCUCCACUCGAAAGCCUUGGCCUGUUUCUCCACCCAUCAGGGCUGAUUAAUGACUGGGGAGCAAACAGAAACAGUGUGCAAAUUCACCAACCAGGGGUUUGCUUCUAUUCACUUGGUGCAAACCAGUCACUUACUAGAUUAGUGGAUGGCUGCAUAAGCAUCUUGGCUGAGCACAAGGUCUCUUCUAGGAAAUAUAAGCAUAAAAUGCCAUGGACAUCAAAGACCUUGGCUUGUUGAGGCAAUUUUAUUUCCCGCUGUGAGUAGCCCUGACAAGGAACAUUUACAUGGGAUUAUGAAGACCUGUUCCCUACUGUGGAGGUAGAAGAAGGGACUUUGCAAAUGUUAAGUGGGACACACGUGAGCAGCAUGCUCAUUUAGCCAGAAUGCCUUCUUAAUCCAGUAGAUCUUCCCCAUCCCCACAAGGUCCACUACCUUUUUUCCCCUGGGUUUAUUGAGCUUCCGUACAGUAAAAUUCAUUAAAAAAAAAAAAAAAAAAACUAUA